UUGGCCCAACGUGCUUACCAAACACGGCAACCGAUCUGAGCUAGCAGGUACAUUCACUCUCUCAGGAAGCCCGUUGCGCAUGCUUGGCACAAUAAAGAAACGCCGUCGCUUAAUUGCAAUCCCGCAGUUAAACCCUCGCUUUCUGCUCCCCGAGCCGCCACUACCACACACUGCGACUACGCACAGAACUGCGAAAGGCUUGCCUUUCGAAAUACUCGCCAUAGAUCCGAACCGAUCGAUCGUCGAAACAGAACUCCGUGAAGCCGAGAUCGAGUGCACAGCGACGUAGGGUUCCAUUUGGUUUUGCUAGUUAUUCCCUAAGGAGUUUAUUUUAUUGUUUUUUAUUUUUUAUUUUUUAUUUUUUAUUAUUUUUACCUUCAAUGGCUUCGGAGGAUGUGAAGAGCGAAUCGGCGGUGUCGAAGUUUGUGAAUUUUGCGGGGGAGGCAAAGCUAGCUAGAGAGGGCGUGAAGGCUCCAAGCUAUGCUGUUCUCAGUAUUUGCAAGUCUCUGGUCGCGGGUGGAGUCGCUGGAGGAGUGUCACGCACAGCUGUUGCUCCAUUAGAAAGGUUAAAAAUAUUGCUCCAGGUCCAGAAUCCCCAUAACAUAAAAUACAAUGGAACGAUUCAAGGCUUGAAAUAUAUAUGGAGAACUGAGGGUUUUCGUGGACUGUUCAAAGGAAAUGGAACUAAUUGUGCACGUAUUGUACCAAACUCUGCGGUCAAGUUCUUCAGCUAUGAGCAAGCUUCAAAGGGCAUUUUGCGUCUAUAUCAGCAGCAAACUGGCAAUGAUGCUCAGCUCACUCCUCUUUUGCGUCUUGGGGCUGGGGCGUGUGCUGGAAUAAUUGCCAUGUCUGCAACUUAUCCAAUGGACAUGGUACGAGGCAGGUUAACCGUACAGACGGAAAAUUCUCCUUAUCAGUACAGAGGAAUAUUCCACGCUCUAUCAACUGUGCUCAGGGAAGAAGGCCCACGGGCUUUAUACAGGGGUUGGCUUCCUUCUGUGAUUGGAGUUGUUCCAUAUGUGGGUCUGAACUUUGCUGUGUAUGAAUCUCUAAAGGAUUGGUUAGUUAAAACGAGACCAUUUGGACUGGCUGAAGACUCUGAGUUGAGUGUGACAACACGGCUGGCAUGCGGGGCUGCUGCUGGGACUGUUGGGCAAACUGUUGCUUAUCCUCUUGAUGUCAUACGUAGACGGAUGCAGAUGGUGGGAUGGAGUAAUGCUGCUUCUAUUGUCACUGGUGAUGGGAGGAGCAAGGCCCCACUUGAAUAUACUGGUAUGAUCGAUGCGUUCAGAAAAACUGUUCGAUAUGAGGGCUUUGGGGCAUUGUACAAGGGUUUGGUCCCCAAUUCUGUGAAGGUAGUUCCAUCUAUAGCAAUUGCAUUUGUGACAUACGAGAUGGUGAAGGACAUUCUGGGAGUUGAGAUCAGAAUAUCAGACUAAAGUGCAGUAAAGUCCAUGGUAAUUAGUUAACCAAGUAUGCUAUUUUUGUAGGCAAGAUGACGAGAGGUAAACGCGGGAUAAUUUAUUUCUUCUCGUUUCUCCGAGAAUCAGUUAGAAGCAAGUUUGAAUUUGUGUUUAUAAAUUGUUUUCCUGUCUUUUCCUUGUGAACAUGCUUUAGCUUUCAGCUUCUCAUUUUUAUGCUGUAUCAAUAAAUGUCUUGACAAUAAAACAAUGCAUUUCGUGCCUUUGCAUAAGAGUUAAGAAAGCUUUUUUCCAAGUA